AUGCGGGUGAGCAGGUCAGGUGAAAGGGGCGAGCGGGUAGAAGAGGGUCGGAUGAAGAGGAAGCUGCCCCCAGACGGGAUCAGCAGGAGAGGGAACCGGGUGAGAGCUCCGGAUCCGUGCGGCCCUGCUCCUGGCAAACCUCGGGGACAAGGGUCCUUCCGAAAUUUAGCAGCUGGAGGCUUGGACUGGGGUCCCUGCGCCCCAAUUAUUGACUGCGGCUUCGCCCAGGACCUGGGCGGCCGACCCACCGUGGUGUACGGUCCCAGCAGCGGGGGCAGCUCACACCCGUCGCAAAUCCAGGAGUUCUACCACGGGCCGUCGUCGCUGUCCACCGCUCCCUACCAGCAAACCCGUGCGCCGUGCGGCCACGGGGACCCGGGCAACUUCUACGGCUACGACCCGCUGCAGCGACAGAGCCUGUUCGGUGCGCAGGAUCCAGACCUGGUGCAGUACGCCGACUGCAAGCUCGCCGCCGCCAGCGGCCUGGGCGAGGAGGCCGAGGGUUCAGAGCAGAGCCCGUCGCCCACACAGCUUCCCUGGAUGCGCCCGCAAGCAGCCGCCGGACGCAGGCGAGGCCGACAGACCUACAGCCGCUACCAGACCCUGGAGCUGGAGAAGGAGUUCCUAUUUAAUCCCUAUCUGACUCGCAAGCGGCGGAUCGAGGUAUCGCAUGCGCUGGGACUGACAGAGAGACAGGUCAAAUCUGGUUUCCAGAACCGGAGGAUGAAGUGGAAAAAAAGAAACAACAAGAACAGAUUUCCCAGCAGCAAAUGCGAGCAUAGGAGUGGAGAAACGAAGCUGGAGCGGGCCCCGGAGGCGGCGGACGAGGGCGACGCGCAGAAGGGCACAAAAGUAUCUCCAGCUGGGACUGCAGGGCCGGCGGCUGCCCUCCGUCCGCGGGUCCCCCGACCCCACGCCGUCGCCCGCCCCCGCCCGAUAGAGAUCUGGCCCCGCGAGCGGGGCCGGGAGCCUGGCCUCCCGCCGCAGCGUCCCCCGCCGCGCCAGUCCCCGCUAGUGGUAGUAUCUAGUUGGCCACCUUCGCCCAGCUCCGAGGUCGUGGCUCGCCGCCUUCCUUCCUUCGCUGCCUCUGCUUCUCCGGCAGCCACGCUCGACUGA